CAGGUGCACUAUCGCUGCGUUUUGUUUGGUGCUGCGGCUUUGCGUGCGCGGAAUGACUGGACUUUGGCCAUCGACAUGUUGGACCUCAUGCGUUGCAGUGGAGUUGACGAAAGAGCCAGCUACCACGGGGUCAUCAAGGCAUGCCGAAGGGUGGCCAGCACAUGCAAAAUGUGGCCAGCUUUAAGGGUCAUAACAGGUCAUAUACCGAAAGCAAGCAGCUGUCAGGGGAUUGAAGGCGUUUCGGUUCUUCCCAAGUGGUGGCCGAUCAGCCGGAUGACUGGCCCAGGGCACUGGAGUUGCUGCGACGAAGAUCGGAGGUCAAGAGCUUCAGUGCCGCGGCGUCUUCGGACCUGGGUGGCUUGGAGCGAACCCCCACCGAGCCCCAAAGCGGACAGCCUGGAGAUCCUCGGAGACGUGAGCUGAAUAUGGCCCAAAGAUAUGCCGA